AUGUCAAAGAUAUUUAAAAAGUUCUCUCAUACCUUAUCUAGAAUGAAAAAAGAAACAGUUCAUUAAUUAGAUCUUUUUGGACAAUUACCUGGCUUUACAGUCUUAAAUAAAAGUAGAUACACUUCAAAUUUUGGGUUUUUUAUGUCAUUGAUUAUCGGCUGUUUAGCCUUAUAUUAUUUGAAUUCAGAGAUAGCUUCAAUGAUUCUUAAGCAAAUGCCUUCCAUUUAUUAAUCAGAAAUUUAAGUGGUCGAGACAGAUGUAUUUCUUUUCCUCAUAUUAAGCCAUAUUCACUCACUAACUCUAAUUUUACUCUAGCUGUGUCAAUUGCAAGUUAAUUUUCUCAACCAACAAAAGGAUUGAACAAAUAUUAUAAUCUUAACAUUAGUCAAUGUACAAGAUAAAGAAUUAGAGAUGAAAAAACAGGCAACACAACCGUAAUAUUAGAGUAUAACAUAUUAGUUAAUAUUUUAGUUGUAAACAAAUUCCAAUUGAAACAUGUAAUAUGUCUCAUUUUUCAACGGAAUUAUAAAAAAAAUACUUCUCAACCAUUAGAUUUGGAACUGUUUAAUGUAUAAAUCGUGAAUAUUUAAAAAAUAAUCCACUUGUAAAUAUAAUAUAAAUAUUUUAGAUAUUGUAAGGUUAGUUUAAUGCUCUGAUAUAUAAAUACUUGCUUAUUACUUUUACACCUUGUAGAAAUACUACAGAAUUUAAGGGAUGUGCUCCUUAAGAAGAAAUUAAUAAAAUAUUAGAAGCUGGAUAAUACAACGUUUAUAAAAGUGAUUACUUAACUUAGUUUGAACAAUCUGGCCAUCCAUAUUAAUAAAUUAUCACAAAUGAAUUUACAAGUUUUUCACUAACCACUUCAAAAACUAUAGUCCAUUCCUAUCGAAUCAUGUCAACUUAAACAGAUUAGGGACUUAUUUAAGAAGAAAAUUAUUUGGAUACAAAUUUAUAACAAUCAGAAUGGAGAGAAUUAUCUGACUUUUAUAAUAAUCAAUAUUUGGUUUGUCAUUAUAUUAAAUUAGACUUUAAAUAAACAAACAUUAAAAGAACUUAUAUAAAAUUGCAAACUAUUCUUGCUAAAAUUGGAGGCAUCUUAUAAAUCUUAACUAUGAUUGUAGGAAUCUUUUUAAAACCUAUAAUUGAUAAUUUAAUGAAAUUUGAGAUUGCUUCAUCACUAUUUAGUUAUGAAGAUAAUCAAUAAGAUUAGGUCCUCUCUUCAGGUUAGAUGUUGUCUGUAGAGAGGGAAAUUUAAUCCCCUUAAUCUUGGAAAAGAUUCUCUAGUUUUUUUCAAUCAGAUGACAAAACUUAAUCUAAAGGAAAGAUAUCUCAAACUUCAUGUUUGGAAAUUUUCCUCAUAAUUUUUGGAUUAAAGAAAUUGAAACAUAAAUAAUUUUGUAAAGCAAAGAAGAAAAUAAUAAAAAAUUUAGAUAUUGUUACAAUUCUAAAAAAGUUAUAAGAUUUAGACGUUAUUAAAAAGAUACUAUUUACAUAAGAAUAAUUGGAACAAUUAAAGAAGAGACCUAGACCAAAGCUUUGGAUUAAUAAAUAAGAUAGCAUUAUUGAAAAAGAUAUACCAAAACCAGAACAAGGAUUUAAUAAAUUAAAUUUAUAUUCUUCACAAUGUUCAGAAGUAACUCACAACUCAUAAAAAGCUUAGACCUUAUUUAAGAGUUAUAUUGAGAGUCAAUUCUUAUAGUAUUUCAAUCAUCCAAAAUAAUCCUAAUAAGAAAUUAGAGGAUUUGAAAAAUAAUAAUAAUAAUAAACAAAUACUCAUCUUUUACAGGAUUAAGAGGAGAAUUAAAAAUCAAAAUAAAUAAAUAAUUAGAAUGAUCCAUCUCCAGAAUUAUAAUAAUUAGAAAAGAAGAUAAACUUAGAUAUUUCAAUUUAACAAUGA